AUUAAAAACUCUAUAUCAUAUCCUUCUUUUCACGAAGCUUCCCUACUAACUUUGCCUAUAUAUAUUUGGACAAGCUCCAAAUCCAAAUUAAUCAAAACCACUAAUCCAUAAAACUCUAACUCGAUUUCAUUUCAUUACUCUCUUUUUCUUAUUCAUCUCAAUUAUAUGUUCAAUGUUUAUAGAUUCUUUCAUAUCUUUUUUUCUAUACAGAAUCUUUUUCUGAUUCUCCAUUAAUUCUCACUGAUCAUUCUAGUACAUUAGUAUUAUCAUCGUAGUACUUUCUCCAAUUCAUUAAUUAUUAUUUUUUCUCUUUAUAUAAACCCAUUCAAUCAUACCCAGAAAAACCACAAUUCUCUCUCAUUCUUCCAUACAGGUAACUUUCUCUGUUUCACUCUGUUUCGACCACCAUGGCUCCAAACUUGAGCAAAGCAGCCUCCGACGUUGCUCCUCUAGCUGAUGGGUCCAAGAACCCAUCACCAUUUUCCAUUGAUGGGUCAAAUCUCACAGUCAACGGCCACGUCAUACUCUCAGAAGUACCGGAUAACGUCACGGCAACACCUUCGCCUCACACCGCCAUUAACGACGACUCAAUCUCAACCGUCGGUUGCUUCCUUGGCUUCGACACCGACAGCGCAAGCAGCCGCCACGUGGCCCCCGUGGGGAAGCUCAAGGACAUUCGAUUCAUGAGCAUAUUCCGGUUCAAGGUCUGGUGGACCACCCACUGGGCCGGGUCCAAAGGCCGGGACCUCGAGCACGAGACGCAGAUGGUGAUACUGGAGAACUCGUCGGAAUUGGGCCGGCCUUACGUCCUCAUUCUCCCACUCAUAGAAGGCCCAUUUCGGGCCUCAAUCCAGCCAGGCCCAAACGACAACGAUUACGUUGACGUUUGCGUCGAGAGCGGCUCGACCAAAGCCACGUCAUCGGAGUUCAAAAGCAUCCUCUACCUCCACGCUGGAGAAGAUCCGUUUAAUCUAGUGAAGGAGGCGAUGAAGGUGGUGCGGGUCCACCUGGGGACGUUCCGGUUAUUGGAGGAGAAAACUCCCCCUGGAAUCGUGGACAAAUUCGGUUGGUGCACGUGGGACGCAUUUUACCUUACGGUGCACCCUCAGGGGAUUCUGGAAGGCGUGAAGGGACUGGUGGACGGUGGCUGUCCACCUGGGUUGGUCUUAAUCGACGAUGGCUGGCAAUCGAUCGGUCAUGACUCGGACCCACCGACUCAGGAGGGUAUGAACCAAACUGUGGCCGGGGAACAAAUGCCUUGUAGGCUCUUGAAGUUUCAAGAGAACCAUAAGUUCAGAGAUUACGUGUCCCCUAAGAAACCCCUUGAUAAGGGCAUGGGUGCCUUUAUUAAGGACCUUAAGGAAGACUACAAGAGCGUUGAUUAUGUCUACGUGUGGCAUGCGCUUUGUGGUUAUUGGGGUGGGAUUAGGCCCAAUGUUCCUGGUCUGCCAGAGGCCCAUAUUGUGAAGCCCAAAUUGUCUCCGGGCUUGGAGAUGACUAUGGAAGAUUUGGCCGUCGAUAAGAUUGUCAGCACUGGGAUUGGACUGGUUCCGCCGGAGAAGGUUGAUGAGAUGUAUGAAGGGAUUCACUCUCAUCUGGAAGCAGUUGGGAUUGAUGGAGUCAAGGUUGACGUCAUCCAUCUGUUGGAGAUGUUGUGUGAGAACUAUGGGGGGCGAGUGGAGCUUGCUAAAGCAUACUUUAAAGCCUUAACAUCCUCAGUUAAUAAACACUUUAAGGGCAACGGCGUAAUUGCCAGCAUGGAACACUGCAACGACUUCAUGUUCCUAGGAACAGAGGCCAUCUGCCUCGGUCGCGUUGGGGAUGACUUUUGGUGCACCGAUCCAUCUGGUGAUCCAAAUGGUACAUUUUGGCUUCAAGGGUGCCACAUGGUUCACUGUGCUUAUAAUAGUCUGUGGAUGGGAAAUUUCAUACACCCAGAUUGGGACAUGUUCCAAUCAACUCACCCAUGUGCUGCCUUCCACGCCGCCUCUAGGGCCAUCUCUGGUGGUCCUAUUUAUGUGAGUGACUCAGUUGGAAAGCACAACUUUGAUUUGCUUAAGAAGCUUGUUUUGCCCGAUGGCUCAAUUCUCAGGUGUAAUUACUAUGCUCUCCCCACUCGUGACUCUCUCUUUGAGGACCCUCUUCACGAUGGCAAAACCAUGCUCAAAAUUUGGAACCUCAACAAGUACACUGGGGUUGUUGGAGCAUUUAAUUGCCAAGGAGGAGGUUGGUGCAGAGAGACUAGGCGUAACCAAUGUGCCUCUCAAUGUUCCCAUGCGGUGACCUCUAAGUUCAAUGCCAAUGACAUCGAAUGGAAAAGUGGAAAGAACCCAAUUUCCAUUGAUGGAGUUGGAGUGUUUGUUAUGUACUUUUCUCAAGCCAAGAAGCUUCUCCUUUCUCAGCUCUCUGAGAAUGUGGAAAUUUCAUUAGAGCCCUUCAAUUUUGAGCUUAUUACAGUUUCACCCGUAACUCUUUUGGAAAAGAAGUCUGUCCACUUUGCACCUAUAGGCCUUGUCAACAUGUUGAACACUGGUGGAGCCAUUCAAUCCUUGGCUUUUAACAAUGAGAAAAGCUGUGUCCAAAUUGGUGUUAGGGGAACCGGAGAGAUGAGGGUUUUUGCAUCGAGUAAGCCGCUGGGUUGUGAGAUUGAUGGAAUCGAAGUUGAGUUUCGAUAUGAACAACACAUGGUCGUAAUUCAAGUCCCAUGGCCUACUUCUUCUGAAAUGUCUAUUGUUAACUACACAUUCUAAAUUUGGAAGAGCUACUAUCUUUAUACUUACAUAUAACUAUAUAUGAUAAAUAUUUAUCGUAUAAUAUCUUCUUAAGGCAAGUCAAUUAAUGUCUAUGUUUAUGCACGAGUGAUAUGUGUCAUCAUUUGCAAUAUGUAUUUGAGAAGAAGCUAGCAAGUAACCGAAGUGAAUGGAUGAGAAACAUUCGCCAUUACAAUAUAAA